AAUGCAUUGAGGUAAACAUUGCGUCACUGUUUACAACGUGCGGAAAAAAUAAUAACAUCAAAGUAUUGUGUACCGGUGUUUAUAAUGGCUUUUAGAGGAUAAAAUAUUGCUUAUCAAAAAUGUUUGCUAUCACUAAGCGUCUAGAUCAGGUCCAACAAGCGACAAAUCCCCGGGAACACAAGGAAAAGAAUCACGUUGAAGCCGGACGGAGCGCAGAGUACAGUUUCGUGUCGAGUUUGCGGCGAAGAAGUGGUCUUGAUGGCGCUUCAAUAUUUUGUGGUCUACGUGUCCCUGAUGAAUACCAGUCUAGAAAAAGAGAAAUCGACGUAGUCGUGCUAACUACGGGGGGAAUUAUCUGCAUUGAAGUAAAAAACUGGGGAGGUUGUAUUAAACCGAGCGAUGACAACCACUCUUGGCUCCAAACAAAAAACAAAAGACUCUCACAAAACGCUUACGUCUCGAACUUUGUAGAGCACGAAAAUGGUAUUUCUACAAUCAAACUAAAGGGAAAACUACUGAGAGACCAUUUGAUGAGGAAUGGGGUGUCCAUUCGUGAGAAACUGUUCAAAACCUUUGUCGUUUUCGUAAAUCAAAAUUGCGAAGUCGAUGCGAAAAUCGCGAACGACCCGUGUGUUGUUGUCAGCGAAAAAUGCGACGCUUUUAUCGGAAGUUUUCAAAAGGGCUACUUGGAAUGGCUCCAAGAAUCUGUUACGCCAUCUCUUCUGUCUGGUCUAAUGUCUAGCUCUCAACUUAGUUGCUCUAGGGCUGUACUAAGCUCUAUCGGAACAUGGGACAUCAUCGAACUCAACGGAGGAAAAAGACUGUACGGCGACUACAAAGAUUGUCCCGGGAUUGCGCUAGAUCGCGCUAAGACAGAAGCCCUUGAAAUAACUCAUUUGCGCAGCUAUGCCUUAGGACUAGCGUUUGCCGCUAUGGGCUAUACCCCUUCCGUGACUGUAUCUGCACUGGAGAGAGGUGGGUCUGGCUGGGUUUGGAACUCUUACGGCGCUGUGGUUAAGAUACCUUACAACACAGAGAUUGUUUUCCGAAUCUGCGGCGACGAAAUUGAUUCGAAAAUCCCGGUCAAUGAUGUGCUACGGGUGACUAUUAGUAUUUAGGCUAAACAAUUAGACAGGUAUCUUUAAUGUUUUACUGACUUGCUGUAAAUAAUGGCUACUUAGGUCUAUUUCUAUAUAUGUGGACCACCGUGUAUUUUUUUAUAAACUAUUCUUGCUUGGUGUUCACAUCCAAAGCAGAGUUCUUUUCCAGGUAGUUUGAUCAGGGUAUGUUAGACACACUGUAUAAACAUAUAUAAAGCAACAAAAGGUGCUUAGCGACAAGGCAGUGAUGACAUCAUCGUACCUAAGCUUUCCCUGAGUUGGUAGUUUCUUGGUGUUACGGAGCACCAGCACCAAAAACACAAUAGAACAAAAGCCAAAAACAAAGACCUUAGAACGAGACAAUGAAAUAGAGUACAAAGGCCUUGAGCACCAAAAACAAAUCUCUCCGUAACACCAAGGAAUACCCCCUGAGUUUUACUGUGAAGUUUGACAGGGGUUAUAGUUUGGUCGUGAAAUAAGAGACACAAAAAAGGUUUUGCCCAAUAGACUAGAAGAAAAAAACAAGAAAAUUGCCCCACUUUUUACUGCAGUGAAAGAGAUUCUGAACUAAUGGUACAAGCAACAUUUUUUACGUCGCCUUAAUAAAGAGCAGGGAAAUGCUCCCCCAGAACAUUGUAAUGCUUUUGAGGAUCUGAAAUGCCAAAAUUGUGAAAUGCUUCUAAAAUACUGUGGAUUUUGUCAAAUUUAAUGACAUGUAAUGAAAAAGUGUAAAAGUUAUGCUAUGAACCAACAAACAGUGUUAUAAAGCAAAUUUUUCCAUUUUCAACUAA